AUGGAAGAGGCCAAGAACAGAGGAAGUUCUGAUGACGAUGACGAAGAUGACGAUUCGGAUGAUGAUUCAGAUCUAGGGCCCGAGCCUGAAGGUCCGGAUAUCAACACCGCGCUUCCAAUCGAUCAAAGGGUAGAACUAAAAGACCAUACAAAAGCCAUUUCAGCACUUUCAAUCGAUGCAGCAGGAGCUAGAAUCGCUACGGGCUCAUACGAUUACGAUGUAAAGUUGUGGGAUUUUGGUGGAAUGUCACAAUCAUUCAAACCAUUCAAAUCAUUCGAACCAAAUGAAUCGUAUUUGGUACAUGAUGUAGCCUGGUCGCCGGCUGGAGAUUCGCUUUUGGUAGCAUCAGGUACGGCUCAGCCCAGUCUGUACGAUCGCGAUGGCUUGCACAUUGCUACAUACAAGAAAGGAGAUGUGUAUAUUCGAGAUAUGAAGAAUACGUCAGGCCAUGUGGCUGAAUUGACCUCCUGCUUUUGGCAUCCAAGUGAAGUUAAUACAUUUGCUACCACAAGCGCAGAUAGUACGGUGAGAAUAUGGGACGCUGAAGAAACGCAAAAACAAAAGAAUGUAGUAGUGGUAAAGAGCAAGGAUAGAGGUACACGUACAAAGGUCACUUGCGGCGCUUUCAGCAAUGAUGGUAAGAUGCUUGCAGCUGGUUGUUUGGAUGGAGCAUUGCAUAUAUGGUCCACAAGUGGCACAUACAGUAGACCCAACGCAACCGUAGAGCUAGCACACGAGCAUGACACUGUCACAAGCUCAGUCUGUUUCUCCAAAGAUGGUAGAACGUUGGCUUCAAGAGGUGGUGAUGGUACGGUGAAGCUGUGGGAUAUUCGUUCUUUCAAGAAACCGUUAGCACAACAGGAAGGCUUGUAUAAUUCAUAUGGUCAGACAAACGUCAUCUUCAGCACAGAUGAAACAGCAAUCAUGACCGGCACUUCUGUUCUACGCAGCGAGACACAAGAUGGCUCGAUGGGCAAAGUGUUGAAGUCGGGUGGGAUUGAAGUACUCUCCCGCUUGGACUUAAAGCCGAUUAGACAUGUUCCGAUCGAGCAAGAUUCACCUGCAAGUGGUAUUCGACUGGCAUGGCAUUCACGUAUCAAUCAACUGUUUGCAUCAACAUCAUCGGGGACAGUCCACUUGUUCUACUCUCCAGAAAAGUCAAGUCGAGGUGCAUUAUUAUGUGUGGGUAAACGAGCAAAAGCAAGACCACGCGAAAUAGACGAAUACGAACUUGGAGAAAUGCAAAUCAUCACGCCCGGUGCAAUGGAUUCCGAUCAACGUGGUCAAGGAAUGAGUCAAAUGGCCAAAAAGAGAAAGAUGGAAAAGAUGCGUCAAGAUCCGGUUGCUAGUAGAAUGCCAGAGAAACCUUUAGAUGGACCAGGAAGAGGUGGAAGGAUCGGAGCUGCAGCAACACAACAUAUGGUCAAAAGUAUUUACAAGGAAAAUUCUCGAGCAGAAGAUCCGAGAGAAGCUUUACUGAAAUAUGCCGAUGUGGCCGAAAAGGAUCCACAAUGGACGGCAAUGUAUAAACAAACACAACCAAAGCCAAUCUUUCGUCAAGAUGAAGAGGACGAAAAUGAUUGA